CCUUCCUUAUAAAGUAUCCCCGCUCACACAUCUUGUCAUACGCCUAACUGUCCGACACGCGUCCUGCCAUGGCGUCCCUACCCGCUGUCCUGUGCGUUGUUCUUCUGUCCACCUGUGCGGCCCACGCAGCGAAACUGGCCCGACAAUUUGAAGUGGAGGAGCCGGAGGGGUGCGUGGUGGACGGAGUGUUGUACCCGGUCGGCGAAAUACCGAACGACCAUCCCUGCCCUACAGAAACCUGCACCUGUCUCGGCCACGGCCAACUGAGCUGCGUGUGGGUGAAGUGGAACGAGUUGAACGUGAAGUCCGGCUGGAACUAUCCAUUUAUCGUCUGCGGACCGGCACCGAAUUGCGUUGAUUACGUGCUUGAGUACCCCCUUGGGCCCAUGUGCUGCCCCACUUGGACCUGUCCUAACGGUCCGAACUGUUAUGGUUUUGGUUCGACCAUCCCGGUGGGCCAGUGGGUAGAUGUCGGGGAUGGUAUGAACUGCUACUGUCCGAGCGCGGCCGGUAUGACAACAUGCACCACCACCGUGGCUCCCCCCACUACCACCACCGUAUUAUGAAAACGCGAAGGCAGAUAAAAGCUGUUACUACCGCGUGAAACAACAAAAUACACACUUAUUGCAUCAAUGACCCAAUCUCUUCAUGCAUCUCCCGUGCCCUAGUUUAGAGUCUUUACAUUUAGAUAUCACAGGAAUAGCAAUCUAGGUAUUUUAUUGCCCAUAAGUCGUUACGUGAAACUGCAAAUUGAAUUGCUCUCUCGUCCUUCAUCACUUCAAUCAAUUCAUCCUGUUAUGAUUUUAUAAUAUGAAGUCUCUUAGCUCUGAGAAGAAAAGGCACACAACAAAUGCACUGGACAGGUUAUCUUUAGCUUUAGCUACCGACCACUACCACAUGCCCUUCC